AUGGAGGAGUGUAGCUCCAGUGUGGACCAGCAGGAGCCAGAGCCCCCCCCAAACAUUAAAGAGGAACAGGAGGAACUGUGGAGCAGUCAGGAGGGAGAGCAGCUUCAAGGGCUGGAGGAGGCUGAUAUCACCAAGUUCCCAUUCACUCCUCUCACUGUGAAGAGUGAAGAUGAUGAAGAGAAAGCUCAGUACUCACAACUUCAUCAUAGACAGACUCAACACAUGGAAACAGAAGCUGAUGUAGAGGACUGUGGAGGACCAGAACCAGCCAGAAACUCACAUCCACUUUUACAACCAGAGACUGAAGACCAGACUGGAGACUCUUCUGAACCUGAGACUGAUGACAGUGCUGAUUGGAAAGAGACCAGAGAACCUCAGUCAGCUUUAAACUCUCUGAAACAUGAUUCAAGAUGUAAGAAAACAUUCAGCUGCUUGGAGGGUGGGAGAAUAUUUGGCAGCAGGACACAUCUGAAGAGUCACAUGAGAACUCACACAGAAGAGAAACCUUUUAGCUGCUCAGUUUGUAAUAAAUCUUUUACACGGAGUGGACAUUUACGGUCACACAUGAGAAUCCACACAGGAGAGAAGCCUUUUAGCUGCUCUGAUUGUGGUAGAGCUUUCACUGAACGUGGAACCUUGAAGACCCACAUGAUGACUCAUUCUGGAGAAAAACCUUUCAGCUGCUCUGUCUGUAAGAAAUCUUUUGCACGGAGAGGAACUUUGCGGUCACACAUGGCAGUCCACACAGGAGAUAAAAGAUUCAGCUGCAGUGUUUGUAACAAAAGAUUUGCCUGGCGUUCUGAUGUCAAAACACAUACAUGUGUUGGUCCGAUGGAAACAGAAGCUGAUGGAGAGGAUUUGAUUCUGUUUCCUGCAGAUGUUGAGCAGCUGUUGGUGGUUAAAGAAGAGGUUCCCCCUGAGCAGCAGGAGUGUAGCUCCAGUGUGGACCAGCAGGAGCCAGAGCCCCCCCCAAACAUUAAAGAGGAACAGGAGGAACUGUGGAGCAGUCAGGAGGGAGAGCAGCUUCAAGGGCUGGAGGAGGCUGAUAUCACCAAGUUCCCACUCACUCCUGUCCCUGUGAAGAGUGAAGAUGAUGAAGAGAAAGCUCAGUCCUCACAGCUUCAUCAGAGACAAACUCAACACAUGGAAACAGAAGCUGAUGGAGAGGACUAUGGAGGACCAGAAUCAGCCAGGAACUCACAUCCACUUUUACAACCAGAGACUGAAGACCAGACUGGAGACUCUUCUGAACCUGAGACUGAUGACAGUGCUGAUUGGAAGGAGACCAGAGAACCUCAGUCAGCUUUAAACUCUCUGAAACAUGAUUCAAGAUGUAAAAAAAACAUUCAGCUGCUCUGAAUGUGGGAAAAGAUUUAACCGUGAGUUACAUCUGAAGAAUCACAUGAGAACUCACACAGGAGGAAAAACCUUUCAGCUGCUCAGUUUGUAAUAAAUCUUUUACACAGAGAGGACAUUUACGGUCACACAUGGUAGUCCACACAGGAGAGAAAAGAUUCAGCUGCAGUGUUUGUUACAAAAGAUUUGCCUGGCGUUCUGAUGUCAAUAGACAUACAUGUCUUGGUCCAAUGGAAAC